GAGACGGCGGCCUAGCGAAUAAGGGGAUUAGACAGCCCGAUUUCUGACAGGCUACACAAUGAGUCAGGGUAAGGACAAUGCACGGCUCAAAAGCUACAAGAACAAGUCACUUAACACAGAUGAGAUGAGGAGGAGGAGGGAAGAAGAAGGCCUACAGUUACGCAAACAGAAAAAGGAUGAACAGCUGUUUAAGAGGAGGAAUGUUGCUACAGUGGAGGAAGACGGAGUCCUGGAGGACGAUGGGAUGGCUGAUAGUGGCUAUCUGGAAUCGCAAGCCAACAACUUGGACCCAGCCAUGGGUGGGGUGAUAUCUGAGGACAUGACUCAAAUGAUCUUUUCCAGCUCUCCUGAGCAGCAGCUGAUGGGCACUCAGCGCUUCAGGAAGCUCUUAUCUAAAGAACCCAACCCACCUAUUGAUGAAGUCAUUGCCACUUCUGGGGUGGUGGAGCGUUUUGUGGAAUUUUUGAAGAGGAGGGAAAACUGCACACUGCAGUUUGAGGCUGCAUGGGUGCUGACCAACAUUGCAUCAGGUACGUCCCACCAGACGCGUGUGGUAAUCCAGGCAGGCGCUGUGCCCAUUUUCAUAGAAAUGCUUGCUUCUGACUUCGAAGACGUUCAGGAACAGGCAGUGUGGGCUUUGGGAAACAUAGCCGGUGAUAGCACAGAAUGCAGAGACUAUGUAGUGGACUGCAACAUCCUGCCCUCCUUAGUGCAGUUACUGGCCAAACAAAAUCGUCUGACAAUGAUGAGGAAUGCAGUCUGGGCACUCUCAAACUUGUGCAGAGGGAAGAACCCACCUCCAGACUUCACCAAGGUGUCCCCUUGCCUCAGUGUGCUCUCCUGGCUACUAUUUGUUAAUGACACAGAUAUUCUGGCUGACGCAUGCUGGGCACUGUCCUACCUGUCGGAUGGCCCAAAUGACAAAAUCCAGGCUGUCAUUGACUCAGGCGUCUGCCGCAGACUGGUUGAGUUACUGCUGCACUCAGAUUAUAAAGUGGUGUCUCCUGCACUGCGGGCUGUGGGAAACAUAGUUACAGGAGAUGACCUACAAACACAGGUGAUCCUGAACUGUUCAGCCCUGCAGUCUCUGCUCCACCUCCUCAGCAGCCCCAAGGAGUCCAUCAAGAAAGAAGCCUGCUGGACCAUCUCCAACAUAACAGCAGGGAACCGGGUGCAGAUACAGAUGGUGAUAGAUGCAGGGCUGCUGCCCCCUCUCAUCUCUAUCCUGCAAGUGGCCGAGUUCCGCACCCGAAAGGAGGCAGCAUGGGCCAUCACCAAUGCCACAUCGGGGGGCUCUGCUGAGCAAAUCAGGCAUCUGGUGGAACUGGGCUGUAUAAAGCCUCUGUGUGACCUGCUCACACUGAUGGACUCCAAGAUCGUGCAGGUAGCUCUGAAUGGGCUGGAGAACAUCCUACGCCUGGGGGAGCUGGAGGCCAAAAGGGGAGCAGGCAUCAACCCCUACUGUGCACCUAUAGAGGAGGCCUAUGGUCUGGACAAGUUGGAGUUUCUGCAGGGCCAUGAGAACCAAGAGAUAUACCAGAAGGCCUUUGACCUGGUUGAGCGCUACUUUAGCUCAGAAGACGAGGACCCAUCCCUGGCUCCAGCCGUCGACCUGCAGCAGCAGCAGUUCCUCUUUCAGCAGUGUGAGGCCCCGAUGGAGGGCUUUCAGCUAUAAUGCUAAGCCCCCUCCCAUGUUCCAUUUUCACCCUUGGCCCAGGGCUAUCUCUCUUUUCUCUCUAACCAUUACUGCAGCCAAGGGAAAACCAGCCCGGGUUCCACCCUCCCUCUCCUCCUGUUCUCAGAGAGAUUGUUUUGAUCAUUAUCAUGAUUGUUAAAAAGUAUAAUAUAACAGGAACACGUGUGUGCGUGUGUGCAAUGUGGGUCGAGCUCUAUAGUCCUGUCAGCCAGUUUGUGAAGGAUUCACUCUCAUGAUUCUGUCUUGCGCUGAGCUCACCUUUGUGCUCAAUGCCUCAGCAGCACAACCCGACCCUAACACCACAUUACCUGCUUGAGCCCCUGUAUCUCCCGCUGCUUCCCUACAACUUAACCAACAGAUUGCACCGUUUUAACAGCCACCUCAUAGUAUUACCCCUAGACAAGCCCUCUACUUUUUAUGGACUUCUGCUCAUCCUCAUAUCAAAAGGCCCACCUACCAUCUCCACAUUCCUAUGUGAUUGACAAUCCCAGCUCUCUGAGGGAAUGGGAAGUACUAUGGACCGCGCCGCUUGUCUGAUUGAACUGCAUUAAGGACUCUUGAGACAGACAAACAUGGACGUGAUUCACCCCCCCCCUCUGAAAAAAAUCACUAGAGAAGAAUGAAUGAAUCUUAACACUGGACUGACCCUUGGACUGUGGCCACAGGAAUGAGUGGUCGCUGGAUUGAUCUGCCCACAGUGGCGCGACUUGUCCAGUCCCACCCUAAGGACUUAACUGACUUCCACUGAAGGCACUUAAAAUGACUCGAAAAUGGGAGGUGAACCCCCACACCCCAAUCCUCCUCCUCUCUUUGGCCAAUGGUUGGUUGCCAUGAAUAGAUACGUGGCCAAGGAUAGACUUAUUAGGAACUGGACAGUGUUGAUGAGGUUCGGAGCUUGUUAAGUGACCAACCAGGUUGCUUAUGUACCCUCCUCGAUCCCGUAUCAUGCAUUCCUUCCUCCAGACCGUCUCCCUCCACGCAGGCUCCACCUCCAAGAGUUCGGGCUGGCUCCUGCCUCUGGUGUGACAUGCACGACCUCAUGGAACCAAGGAAAUAGGAGUCUUCCCUCGCACUGAGACAAAAAAACAAAAAACAAAAAAAACACGGACAGACUUUGACAAGACAAAUAGACUAACCCUGGAGCCUGUCCAGCGGCAGACUCAAAAGGAUUUUUUUAUUAUACUCUUACCAUAAUUCCAUUUCAUUUGCAGCACUUUAGUUCAGGACUGGCGUCUGCUCUUCGAGACUAUACAGGUUUUUGUUUUGUUUUUUAUGCUCACUAUUUGAUUCAUUGUUGACACGACUCUUCCUCCCUCCCCAAAGGAGCUGAGGUGUAAAAGGGCAUUGUCUGCAUCCUCAGUCUCCUGGUAUGACGAAGGUUACAAUGCACCCCGUCGUUUACACCUCCUGCAAAACCGAGGGGUCAGUUCUAGCAGACUGAGGCGUGAAACUGAUGACAUGCUAAUUACAGUUGUUAGAUGCUGCCUGAAAGCACAUAGAAUUUCCACCAAUUGGAAUUGUGGGAAAAUUGCAGGAAAAUUGCUAUUGGCAAAAAUGAAACUAAAUCAUAGGAUCCCCCAUGAACGUUCAGGUUGUAAUUUCUAGUCUGAUUAUGCCAAAUCAUUUAGUCAUAUGGACCAAUUUUGGGGUUCUGAAAUACUAAAAAACAAAACAUGUAAACACAAAUCUUUUUAAAACCAUAGUAAGCUUUUAUUACUGGGUAGAAUUAUUUUGCUGAUGGUGCCAUAAUUAUUAUUAUUGUUUUGUUUUUUUUGGAAAUCCAGAAAGGUGAUUUCAACAACAAAAUUUUAGUUUAAACUUGAAAAUACUGGUUGAUUACAUUAGUAACUGAGUUGAAUGAUUGUUUACCUAGUCCUUUGUUUCUUUUGUCAGAUUCUGCAAGAGAUGAUCAGCUCUUUGUGUUCAUUACUGCUGUUGUAUUGAGUUUGUGUAACUGUCCUUACUUAUGCCAUUUGCAUAAAUGCGGUUUCAUGAACAUUUA